AUGGCACAAGACCUGGCAACAAGUACCCGCUGCUGCGCUUGCUGCAAGUAUGCCCGGGAAGUGGCCGAGUGGUGGUCGAAUCUGCUCUUGGUCGUCGCAGGUGUGAUUCUGCUGCUGGUCGCCAUCUCCACGCUGCUGGGUGCACAGGACGUAGGCUUCAACCUUUUGCUUGAGCUCGCUGCGUUGACCAUCGUCCUCGUCAUCGUGAUGAGUGGCUUGGGAUGGCAGGGUGCCGAGAACGAGCAACAGAGAUCUGAUCCUCUGCUGGGCAGCUCUGAGCAGUCGCCCCGGCACUGGCGCUGGCUGGAUGCUCUGCGCUCUUCUGCCAUGCGAACGGUGCGUGUGUUUCAGGACCAUGCAAGGGAGUUCGGAUUUUUGUCGCGAGUCGAGUGCAACAUGUCUAUGGACAAGCUGCCAACUGCUGGUAGCCGAUGGUAA